GCUUUCCAGUCCUGUUGUUGAUGAAUCCGGAGAUUGGAAUAACAUUUCAGAGUUUAUAUCAGUACACUCUACCGUCUUCCAAAAGCCUUUGGCCACCGAAUACACUAAAGAAAAUUAUUCCACGUCAUAUAUUGUUUGUUGGGUUGCCGAGCCUCUAGAUGAAUCGGUCAUGGAAAAGAUUUCAAAUCUGUUUGAUGAUAAGUUUGGUCUCAUAUACCAUCUGGUGAAUGCCGAUGAAAUGGGUGGUAGCUGCAAUGAUCAUUAUGAAGCCACAAGCGAGACAUUGACCAAAAAUUUCGGCGGACAUAUCAAUAUGUCAUAUUCGAAAACUACUGGAAACUUUGAAGAUUCCGGAAGAAACGAGAAAAAUGCUGAUGUUGAUGAUGAUAUUGAUGAUAGUGAUGACAAUGGUGACGAUGAUGACGAUGACGAUGAUGACGACGAUGGUAGCGUAGACCCAGAUCCCAAAUAUUAUAGUUAUAGAUUUAUUAAGGUUUCGUCUGAGGGUAGAAUCGAAAAUGAGGAUAAAUUUCAAAAUUUCAAUAUUACUAUUGAUAUUUGGGCAAACAGCGAACAAGAUCCCCACACAAGAAUGAAUACUUUGAAAUUUAAAAUCAAAUUAAAAAAUUGUGGUGUUUCAGAAUUUCUAAGUAAACAGUGCUCAUUUCUUGAAAGCUAUAUUUGUUACUAUCUUGAUUCGCUUGAAAUCGGUGUCUCUCCGAUUCCAACUGAAUCUAACGAUAAAUCCAGUAUCAUCAUGUUAAAUGAACAACAUCUUCCACGAAAGCUUAACUACGCUAUAAAUGUCUCAAAAGGCUAUGAUAAUUAUUUAAGUAUUCAAGCGGCAGCAGUACCGCUAAAAGUGACGGCUAGUUUUGGUAAAAAAAAUAGCCGAAACGCUAUGACAACAUUAAACGAAUGGGACUUGCACGACGAAUAUAAUGAAACUAAAGGUGUAAAAUGGUCUUAUCGAUUUAGCGGCAAUGAAAUAUACGAUAGUGGAGAACAUAUAGAAAGCAUUCACGCCGGAGAAACCCAUUCUGGUGAUUGGUAUAUUAUGGAUAAAAUGGGAGGUUUUCGUAUUACUGUUUCUCAAGUGCUUGGUUGUAAAAACAAGAAGCUUUUUUCUCAGACUCCAGAGCUGAUAAAACAGUAUCCUAAACUUGUUCAUAAACUCGAGAUUUCUUUUAAGAAAAUUAAAGGUUUCAAUCACGAUUUUGCAAAACGAAAUGGUGCACAACGCGCCAUAUCAUAUCCCGAAAACUCCUAA